AUGUCCUCUGCUCAUGAUGCAACCACCAAGAUCUCCAUUGACAAGUUCGACGGCGACAACUACGCGACGUGGAGCCGCUACAUGCGUGGCGUGUUCCUGACCAAGUCGGCGUGGCACGUGGUGAACCGGGAGACCACCCCCACCUUCGCAGAUCCUCGCGCCAGUGACGACUACGUCAAGACGAACAACAUUGCGUUCGGCUUGAUGCUGCUGCACAUGAGCGCGGAUUAUCAUCACGUGGUUGAUGACUGUGAAGAGGCGUGGGUCGCGUGGGCGCGUUUGAAGACGCUGUACGGCGGGUCGCAGAAGGCUGGACGCAUCUACUUGAAGCGCCAGCUCUUCAGUAUGGAGAUGGCGGAAGGCGGCAAUGUGUUGCAUCAUUACAAUGAGGUCCUCAACAUCAGCGCAAAGCUGGCUAGCAUCGGCGCCAAGAUGGAGGACGAGGACGUUGCGAUCUGCUUAAUGCGCAGUCUGCCCAAGAGCUACGAGAACGUGGUUCUCAACUUGGAUAUGAGCAGCGCGGAACUGCGAUCGCGAGACGUCGUGAGAGUGCUCACGAAUGAGCACAUCAAGAGGCAAGGUGACAAGACGACAUCGGUGAAGACUGAAGACGCGGCGAAGGCGUUCAGUGCCGAGCGUGAACCUCGCCAGUGUACAUACUGCGGAAAAUUGGGGCACACGGCGGAGCGGUGCUGGACCAAGCAGAAGGACGAAAAUCAAGGUGGAGCUCGACGCGGCGGCAACAAUGCUCGUGGACGCGGAGCCAACAACGUUCAGUGGCGAACCAACAACAACAACGACGACAACUACGAUCGAGUUGCGUUCGCGGUUUCGCUGGAGGCUGGACUUUCGACGGGCAAGAAUAUGCCAGGGAUGUGGGCAGUCGACAGCGGUGCGACGCAUCACAUCUGCAACGACAAAGCCAAGUUUGCAAGCCUGAAUGAGCGAGAGGAAGGCAAACUAUCAGUGGCUGAUGGCAGCAAGGCUGCGAUCAAGGGUGUGGGAACCAUCAUGGAACGGGUGGUUCUGCCCAAUGGUGACGAACGCGACAUUGAGAUCAAGGACGCACUGUUCGUACCAAGUAUGAGCAAGAAUCUGCUUUCGGUGCCACAGAUCAACAAGGGUGGCAGGUUCCAAGUCGUGUUCGAUGGAUCCAAGAUGCAAGUGAAGCGCAAGAAUUCCACACAAGUCGUGGCAACAGCGGAUCUCGUCGAUGGACUUUACUGGCUGCGGACUCCUCAACGAUCGGCAAAUGCAGCAACACGCAAUGGGACCAUCGAAUUGCAUGCGCGCAUGGGUCAUGCACCCCUCGAAGUUCUGCGCAAGAUGGUGGCCACUGGCAUGAUCAAGGACGCCAAGGCACCUCUUAACUUGACUGGUCCAAGUGUGUGUCGCGGUUGCCAGCAAGGAAAGAUGGUCCAAAAACCAUUCCCAACCAACCGUGACAAACGCCAAUAUGGUGUGUUCGAGUUGCUGCACUUCGACAUCUGCGGGCCAAUGGAACAAGUCUCGAUCGGCGGCAGCAGAUACUUACUGCUUGUGGUUGACGAAGCCAGCGGUUGCAUGAAGGGCUUCUGUCUGCGGUCCAAGUCUGAGAGUGAAGACUGUAUCAAGAACCACAUUAUCAAGAUUCAAACUCAGUUCGGCACGAAGAUCAAGUUUGUUCGGCACGAUGAAGCGCAUGAGUUUGCGACCAACUCCAUCAAGACCUUCUACGAAGAUCAUGGUAUCGAACAACAGAUCCCGGUGCCAUAUGCACACCAGACCAACGGCACCGCAGAACGCGCGAUCAAGACCAUCGUCACGAUCGGACGCAGCUUGUUGCAUCAUGCAAAACUGGAGAAGUGUUUCUGGGCUGAAGCGGCAAUGACGGCGAUCUACAUCAAGAACCGCCUGCCUUCGCCCAAGAUCGACCACAAGACUCCGUUCGAGAUCGUGUACAAGUCGAAACCAAGUGUCAACCACAUGCGCGUGUUUGGAUGUCGGGCGUUUAUCCUGACACCAAGGGAGAAGCGAUUGAAGUGGGACCCGAAGGCUCGUGAAGAGAUAUUCAUGGGCUACGAAGAAGCCUUAAAAGCUUAUCGAGUGUACGACAUUGAGGCGGGCCAAGUGGUGAUCAGUCGUGACAUCACCUUCGACGAAUCGACUUUUGACUUUUCGAUGGACCGACCAAGUGACGAUGAUGAAGAUGUGGAGUUGGACCUCGACCUCCUGGCGAUCAACGAGGACGACGUGCGUCAAACCGUCUACAAGCAGACUGGCAAGCGCAAGAGUGAAGCAAGACCCGGCAUGUCACGUUCAGCUCGCCCUCGAACUGGGUUGGAACAAGCAAGUGCGCCGGAACACGUCUCCAACCGUCACCAGAAACGACGAUCAAGUGCUCCAGAAACGAUGUCUGAUGACGAAGAAGAUGCAAGCGUCUACGAUCAAGAUGACGACUCGACGCCUCCAACAUUUUGGCGUGCAAGUGCAAACGCAGUGGAAGCAACGGGCCUAGCAGAACCUGUGACUUUUCAAGACGCGAUCAAUGGUCCUGAUCAAGCUCAAUGGCGAAAUGCUGUGAAGGCGGAACUCAAGUCGAUGCAUCUUCGUGGAGUUUUCCGUGCGGCAAAACUGCCAAGAGGCCAAGGCGCUAUCGGCACCAAGUGGGUGUUCAAGAUCAAGCGCAAAGCGGAUGGAUCGGUCGAGAAAUACAAGGCGCGUCUCGUUGCCAAGGGCUUCAAGCAGAAGUACGGCAUCGACUAG